CCGAAUAAAAAGGCGGCCGUUCUGCAGGCGCCACCGGUUUCAAACGCAAACCCGGUCUAGAAGCUACGACUACAUCGUGCAGUUUAAUCGAGUGCAGUCAUGAAGCUUUCCAUGCUACAGUUCCUUUACUUUUUGAUAUGCAACCUCGAGCCUGCAUUCAACGGAGCUUCUGCUAUCGACCAUGUUCCCGUUCGAGAGUCUGAUCCCUGGAGUACAAUGUACGCCUGGAGGCCGAUAAAUAUAUUCUUCAUCGGCGACCAGCAUUUUCGUUCAUUGCAACGAAGUGUAGUCAUGCCCUCCAACAUUACGGAGCUGUACUUGUAUUCACAGAGCAUACUGAACGCUCUGGUGUUCAUGUACAGAGAAGAUUAUCCAAUGUGCGACAUUAAAUUGAAGUGCAGUGGGACAUAUGCGUUGACAGAGCAUGAACAGAGGAAGCUUGGGACGUAUUAUAAUGUUCGGAGUGAAGACUUCAAUAACACCGUGAAGAGUAUUCAGCAAAUCGUGAAUGGCAAUGCUGCAGCGAGUGCAGCCGACAUAGUGAUCAUAUUGCUUGGGUCAGAACCGCCGUAUCAUCAUCCCGGGGAAGACGGAGGUAGCUACACAUGGUACAAUGCCACUGGUAAAAUGUGCUCAACGCAUAAUCUAAUCCUGUUCUGGGACCAGCCGUACGCCUAUGCCAGGCUUGACGAACUGCGGCGGGGGAUUCUUAAAUUCAUGCAUCCCACUGGACGCCUGAGUGAUGCGAGAUCAACCUGCAGGGACGUUCAAGAGUUCUACCGAAUGGCACUUGCUCAGGAACAAGGACUGGUGUGCUUCAAUACACCCGAAACAUGCUGUGUACCAUCAUUUUUCGGUAUGUUCAACAUCAGAAAAGAGCCAUUUUGUGAACAAGAACUCCGUGUACCAGGCGAAUAUGGGGAUCUGAAACUGGAUAAUUGCCAGACCCAUUGCUCGGAUGGCAGAUUUGUUCGAGAUUGGGAAAGUCUACAUACGUGGCAUAGAACACCCCCAGGAUGGGUGUGGAACGAGGCAGCCGAUUAUUGGAAAAAAUCGCUCCUCUGCCCAGAACCCGACGAUAAGAUUUGCGCAGGCUUUGGCAACGAACACACACUGGACUUAACCUACAAGAAAUUCCAGAGGACACUCGCCUACAUAUGGGACCUGGACGACUACGAACUACCAGACUUAGACCCCGUUAUCUGUCGUUUGCAAAAUAAAUGACGUUUUGUUUUGAUGUCGAAAUAAACAACUUGAACAAGUA